AUGCAAGAUUUCAGAACCUGCGUCGAGCAGUUGUUCCUAGAUACCAAACAACUGCAACAAAAAUCAUUCACAUCCCAAGAUCCGACCCUCCCCGCCUCUGACGAACUCCAGAUCAACUUCAUGUUUUCCUGCCAACCCGUUUUCUUAGAAUGGAUUUCAGUCCCAGAUUCUCCCCAGCCUGAGUUUCUGAGAAGGGUCGACCAGCCGUCUACCGAGAAACUCAUCCGGAUCAAUUUACAGCAGUUGUUAACAGCGCGCAGAACCAUCAGAAGAAAACUCAAAUGCUUGCCUGUCAGGGCCAGCGUGCGCCGGGAGUUGUCCGAGUUCGCUGUGAACAAAGCGUGGGACGUCGUUGAAUCCACGCCCGUGGAGCAUAACACGGUAUAUCUUCAUUUCAGAAUGCUCAUGAUUCACAAGCACGUUUUCGACGAGAGCCAUGCCACCAAUUCGAUGGAAGAGGAUGAGGAGUAUUUGGUUCCUGCUGUGGAGUCGUCGAUCGAGUCCUUGGAGAGCAAGAGAUUGACGGAGGCUGGAACUUGCUCUAUUUGCUUGGAAGAUCUCGUGUGCGGCGGUGAAGGUGUGUUGAUGCCUUGUUCGCAUAUUUUUCAUGGGGAUUGCAUCAAGAAGUGGCUGAGGACUAGUCAUUAUUGCCCUAUUUGUCGGUUUGAAAUGCCCACGAGUUAA